AUGAGGCGGCGGACGCUGCUCCGGCCCCGUGCGCCCUGGCGCUGGGCGCUGGCACUGCUGGCUCUGGGCGGCGCGGGACUGUGCCAUGCCGGCUCGCAGCCGGGGCAACUCGCGCGGCCCGGCGCCAGGAACAAGAACUGGUGCGCCUACAUUGUGAACAAGAAUGUGAGCUGCUCGGUGCUGGAGGGGAGUGAGAGCUUCAUCCAGGCUCAGUACAACUGCCCCUGGAACCACAUGCCCUGCCCGUCGCUGGUGUAUCGUGUGAACUUCAGACCAAGAUAUGUCACUAAGUACAAAACAGUGACACAGAUGGAAUGGAGAUGCUGCCCGGGGUUCAGAGGAGGAGAUUGCCAAGAAGGUCCCAGGAAUUCCAGGAAGACCCCUCACCCUACACCUGCUCAGCCUCGAAACAAUUUAAAGAAAGCCACAGAUAAUGAACCAAACCAAAUCCCGGGACCCAAGAGGACUUUGGCACCAACUCGUGCAUCAGAACCAAGUCGGGCUGCUGAUCCCAAACAGGGGCCCCAAGAGCUUCAGGAAAAGAAGAUCCAGGUGCUUGAGGAGAAGGUUCUUCGGCUCACCAGGACAGUUCUUGACCUCCAGUCUUCUCUCGCAGGAGGGAGCGAAAACUUAAAACAUGCCGUCCAGGAUGAUGGCGGCAAAGUGCCAGUACCAUGGCUUAACAACCUGCACCCCCAGCCAACGCCUGACGGUGCUGUUGCUAGCGACGCAGAAGCGCCCCAGUCCCCUGGCAUCAGCAAGGAGCCUGGCAUGAAGGACAUCAAGUCUGAGUUGGCCCAAGUCAAGGAUGUGCUGAAGACCAAAAGUGACAAGCUGGAAGAGCUGGACGGGAAAGUGAAGGGUUACGAAGGGCAGCUCAAACAGCUCCAGGAGGCCGCCCAGGGACCCACGGUGACCAUGACCACCAACGAGCUCUACCAAGCCUACGUGGACAGUAAGAUCGAUGCCCUGAGAGAGGAGCUCAUGGAAGGGAUGGACAGGAAGCUGGCCGACCUGAAGAACUCUUGUGAGUACAAGCUGGUUGGUCUGCAGCAGCAGUGUGAUGACUAUGGCAGCAGCUACCUGGGGGUGAUAGAGCUCAUUGGAGAGAAGGAAGCAAACCUGAGGAAAGAAAUGAAUGACCUGCGAGCGCAGCUGCCGAAGCCUUCAGCCCAGACAGACUGCUGUGACCGUGAGAAGAAGGAUGACGUCAGCCAACAGAUCAAGACAUUAGACCAGAAGAUUGAAAGAGUUGCUGAAGCCACCAGGAUGCUGAACGGGCGGCUGGACAAUGAGUUUGACCGCCUCAUAGUUCCCGAACCGGAAGUGGACUUUGAUGCCAGAUGGAAUGAGCUGGAUGCAAGGAUCAAUGUGACCGAGAAGAAUGCGGAAGAGCAUUGCUUUUAUAUUGAGGAAACACUUAGGGGGGCCAUUAAUGGAGAGGUAAAUGAGUUGAAGCAACUCCUUGACCAGAAAAUUCAGUCUCUGGAAGACCGCCUGGGAAGCACUCUUCUGGAGAUCUCUAAUAACACUGAUGCUGAAUUCAUUCCUUCAGGCUCAGCCCUACCAGGCUUGCUGGGGUCAGAGAAUUCACAGGUCUUGACAGAAUUAAACCAUCUGAAGGAUAAAAUCCAAGUCGUGGAGGAUAUUUGCCUGCAGAACUUCCAAGGAGAACAUCAUGGGUUAGACGGUGCUUUGCCAGAUGGGGGUGACUACACCAUGGAUGACAGUGCGAGGCUUUUGAAAUUUCUCAAUGACACAGUGCAUAGGACGUUUCAAGAGACGGAGCGGAGCAUCCAGAAACUUCAACAGGACUUUUAUUUCCUUUAUUCGCAACUAAAUCAUACAGAAAGUGAAGUGAAUGUUCUUCAGAACGAGAUGCGCGAUUGCAGACAAGGUCAGAAUGCUGCAGGGGACAGAUUUGCUGAAGGAGAUGAGGAAGAAAGGACAGGUGCUCUCCCCUCUCCCCAGGAUCCCACAGUUCAUUGCUGCAGCCAGCUGGAGGAGAGAUUUCAGAGGCUGCAGAUGGAGGUCCUUACUGGGCUGGAUGCUUGUAGAGAAAGUACACAAGGUGUCCAGACGGAGGUCUCCACAGUUGAGGGCAGAGUGGAACAGAUGGAGAGGACGUGCAGCAAGCUGGAUUCCAUCUCGGGAAGUCUUCACAGGAUCAAGGAGGGGCUCAACAAGCAUGUGAGCAGCCUGUGGAGCUGCGUCCGCCAGAUGAACGGGACCCUGCGCUCCCAUUCCAGGGACAUUUCUGUCCUGAAGCAUUCUGUCCAGCAGUUCUACAGCCAUGUUUUCCAGAUUUCUACUGACUUGCAAGAUCUGGUCAGAUUUCAACCAUCAUCAACGGAGGAACCAUCUGAAACACCCCAGCUGCCCACUAGAGGAAAGAGCUCGCAAGCCCCCGACAGGCUGCCCGAGGCCCCCACCGCAUCUGCCCACCCGGAACUGACCCAAGCCCCGCUGCCGAGACCCAGCAGCCUGCCUCCUCCUGAGGACCCUGGACAGCGUCCUGUGCUGCCCAAGAGGCCCCCACUGCUGCUUCCCCCCCACAAGACAUUUCCCCCACCAGUGUGGGCUGGCAAGACAGGGCUGCCGUCACUGCCAGGAUCUACAGGGAUCAUCAUGGAGACGGGAGAGGCGGGGCCUCCAGGCCGGAUGGGCAUGUCAGGCCGGGGCUUGCCCCAGGGGGUAGACGGCCAGAUGGGGCAGACACCCAUCCCCAGCUCUAAGGGCUACGCGGGUGCUCCAGGAUACCCCAAGUCACCUCCUGCAGCUUCUCCAGGGGUUCCUGUGCCUUCUCUGGUGUCCUUUUCUGCGGGCCUCACACAGAAACCUUUCCCCAGUGAUGGGGGUGUCGUCCUCUUCAACAAAGUGCUGGUGAAUGAUGGAGAUGUCUAUAACCCCAGUACUGGGAUCUUCACGGCUCCCUACGAUGGGCGCUACCUGAUCACGGCCACCCUCACCCCCGAGAGGGACGCCUACGUGGAAGCUGUCCUGUCCGUGGCCAACGCCAGUGUGGCCCAGCUGCACACGGCAGGGUACAGGAGGGAGUUCCUGGAAUAUCACCGACCCCCAGGGGCACUCCACACGUGUGGGGGUCCCGGAGCCUUCCACCUCAUCAUGCACUUGAAGGCAGGGGACGGUGUCAACAUUGUGGUGACGGGGGGCCGGCUGGCGCAGACGGACUUCGACGAGAUGUAUUCCACCUUCAGCGGGGUACUUCUGUACCCUUUCCUGGCCCACCUCUAG